AUGAGGAUAUCGAUAUUACUCAUCGUAUUUGCUGGUAUUGCUCUUGCAUCAGAAGAAUUAGCGACAACAGAACGAACCACGUUUGCUGUCGAGGGAAAUGUCAUAUUCCCUUCAUCAGCUACGAUGGGCCGUAAAUGGGCUGCCAACUCCAGGGUGCUUUUGAAUCAUGGAGAAUAUAUAGGAUUCGUCCGUGAGGAUGGAUCGUUUGUGGUUGAUAAUGUUUCCCAGCGGCAGUUAUGUUGUGCAGGUGAGUGGAGAACGGUUGAUUUUGUAUUCGAACCAAUUCGAGUGGAUAUUACUGCGAAAGGCAAGAUUCGAGCAAGGAAACUGACUUUACUCCAGCCGAAUGUGGUCAAUCAAUUACCCUAUCCGCUGAAGUUGAGCUCCCGUGAAGCUACACGAUAUUUCCGUAAACGAGAAGAAUGGCGAAUUACCGACAUGCUGAUGAACCCCAUGGUGCUGAUGCUGGUUGUACCUCUCGUCAUCAUGCUAAUUAUUCCAAAGAUGACAGCGAAUGAUCCUCAACUACAGAAGGAAAUGGCUGAAAUGCAACUUCCGAAGGUGAGUGGUAUUUGA